AAUUGCUGCACACGUGUGUUGCUUUCGAUUGAUGUCUCGCUGGAGCUCAUUUGCCUUAUCUCUUGAAGAGACGCGUUUACAUUUCAAAACUACAACAGAUAAUUAAACAUGCACGGACCAAUAAUACUUAUUUAAGCUCCGUCGCUAGUAUUUUCCACUCUACCUUUGUCUAGAAGGGUGCACAGAUCUCUUGCUUCGAGGAAAAUGGUUUCCAGAUUUUUAGAAGUGACGUUAGUUCUGUGCGUGUUUGCGCAGAUGAAUUCCGCCGCACCUCCAGUAGAUGCGAAUAAUUUGAACGUCACAUCACAAAGGGAGUCAAGAGGUAUUAUGAGCUUCUUUUUUGGCUCCCGUUGCCCGACGCCUUUCCCCAUUUGUCCUAUUGACUGCUCCAUUGACUCGGCUGUUGUUCAUGGAUACUGCUGCGGCUGCGGUGGAUUCCUCGAGUACAAGCCAAUCCACUGUCCUGACUGGCUGCAGUGUCCCAUUAGGGGCGACCAACUGUGCUCCGACUACCGUUUUGUUAUGGACUGCUGCUGCGGGCGUCCUUUUUUCUAGAACUGCUGGCAAGGGCACUGAACACUCUCAUCGUAAACUGGUGGCACGGCCAGGGACCAUAAUACACUCAAAUUGUUGACAGCUCUUGCUUAAGGAAAUGAAAAAAUACAAAAUAAAUUUAUAGCUCAGCAAAAUACAA